CGGGCCGACCUUUUAAAUUUAUUCAAAGAAUUGCUGCUUUUCAUUGAGCUGGAGUCCACGAACUCGUAUGUUUCUCAAAUACCACGAUGGCACUGAAAGGUUUAAAGGUUCUGGAGUUUGCGGGGCUAGCUCCCGGUCCGUUCUGCGGUAUGCUACUGGCGGACUUUGGAGCCUGUGUUACUCGGAUUGAUAAGACCCCUUACAACAGCAUAGAUGUACUGCAAGGCGGCAAGCGGACACUGGCGCUGGACUUGAAGAAGCCCAAGGCGAUUGAGAUUGUGCGCUCUUUGUGUCGAAAGUCCGACGUUCUCAUUGAACCGUUUCGUCCUGGGGUUAUGGAAAAGCUGGGACUGGGGCCGAGUGAGCUUAUGAGGGAAAAUCCGCGGUUGAUCUAUGCACGGCUAACGGGGUUUGGCCAGAAUGGGGCACAUGCGGCUCGCGCUGGUCACGACAUCAACUAUGUGGCCCUUUCCGGGAUUCUUUCGCUGCUGGGACGUAAGGGUGAGCGACCAACGGCGCCGAUCAAUCUGGCCGCGGACUUUGCCGGUGGUGGAUUGCUGUGUGCUUUUGGGAUUCUGGCUGCAGUGCUGGAACGACACAACUCGGGCAAAGGACAAGUGGUGGACCAUGCCAUGGUGGAGGGAGCGGCUUACGUUGGAAGUUGGCUGAUUCGAUCGCAAAAGUUGCCCAUUUGGGGAAGACCUCGAGGGGAGAACAUGUUGGACACGGGCGUCCACUUUUACGACACGUUCCAAACCAAGGAUGGAAAGUUCAUGUCCGUGGGAGCGAUUGAACCACAAUUUUACAAGGAACUGCUGGAGGGGUUGGAUUUACAGAUGGAACUGCCACAGUAUGAAGAUGUCGAAAAGAGCAAACACUUGUUUGAGGUAAUCUUCCUAACCAAAACGCGCGCUGAGUGGACCAAGAUCUUCCAGGAUCGUGAUGCUUGUGUAUUUCCCGUGCUCGAAAUGGACGAAGCCUGUGAGUAUCCUCACAACCGCGAACGAGAGGUCUUUCUGGAUAAAGGAAAGACUAAUGACGAGCUGGUGCCUACACCGGCUCCCAAACUGAGCAGAACUCCAGCUCAGUCCGGUGCGUUGGCGCCUGAGAAAGAUGAGCUUCAGAUGGUGGAAGAAAUCUUGAACGAAGUCGGUGUAGGUUCCGAGGAUAUUUUUAAAUUAUACGAAGAUGGUUCUCUUUUGUUAGCCAAUCCCAAGCCAAAAUUGUGAUACUCAGAAUAAUGUUAUUCAAAUAAACAUGGUUGUUUUUAAACGGUAUAAGGAACGAA